GGUGGCGUUGACUUGCUCUGCCACCUUCUGAGCGGCGCCGUCCGCGCUGCUGAUUGCCUGCAGCACGGCGUCCAAAGCCGCGCUGACGUUGGCCUCCACGUCGUUGAGCCGUGCGUCCAGCUGCUGGCACGCCGGGUCGCUCUGCGUCUGCUGCAGGGCCUCCUGCACGUCGCCCUGCUGGUGUUUGAGCUCGCCCACCAGCCGCUGCAGCGCGGGCCGGGAACUGCCGUUGACGAGGCCCGCGGCGAGAAGCGCCUCCCCUUGCAGGUGCUCCAGCAGGUCGUGGCCGAGACACGCGUCCUGGUCGCGCCCGGAGUCUCCCAGCUGGAGGAGCUGGGCGGCCGCCGCAGCCACGCCUUCGCGCGCCGCUUGCAGCGCCGGUGCGCCGUCGGAGAGAGCCGCCGAGACGAUUUGGACGCUGGCGGCAACGUCGAUGGAGACGGACACCUGGCUAGAUGCGGCGACGGAGGUGUUGGACUGAGCCGCCGCCGAGAUGGCGCAGGCUACGAGGACGGCCAGGAAGGCCGCUGGAUGCGCGGAGGCCAUGUUGCCAGAGGUCGUCCGCCGUCCAGGCGGCGGGCGGCGUCCGCGGGGGAGAGAGGCGGUCCGCCCACGCGCCUGAUCAGCCCUGCAGUCCGUCUAUCGGCGCCCCGGAGGGGGUCUUGGGAGAUUCGAUCCAAGUGCCCACUCGCUGCCCCCUCCCCCCGCCUUCGGCCCCGAUAUCGCUCUUUAUGCACAAAAGCAACCAUCGCCGUGACCGCCGUCGCCGCGAUACCGAAGGAGGAAGAGAGAUAUCCCCUCGUGGGCGACGUUGCCUUGAGGGACAAGGCGCUGCAGCGGAGGACAUGGGAAGGGUAUCUCAGUGUACCUAGUGCGCCAACACAACAACUAAUGAAGUGCGAUGAAACUUCGCCUCAUUCCCACUCGGAACAGCGACGCUCGACUGUUCGUGGGUCCCUGGACGUAGUUGUCUCGGCUGCCGAGCGACAGUGCUGCUCCCAUGCGGCGCUUCGACAAUUGAGCCGCCUUGCCCACGACGCCAAGACGAAGAAACCCGACGUGGCAGGGGACGCGGUGGUGCGCGACGAGGUAGACAAAGACGCGAAGAGGCAUCGGGCGAAGAAGAAGCACAGGUCCCACGAGAAGGAAAGGACGCACGACAAGGCGAAGGAGAAGGGGGCGGCGGAGGAGAAGGGGGAGGCGACGGCGACGGCGAAGGUCGCCGACGGCGACGACGACCCGCGCCCGCGCCCGGGCCACGUGGAGCUCUACGUCAACGAGGAGGUCGACGCC